AUUGACGUAUGACAUUCGAGAAAGAUUUCACAACAAAUGUGAAUCUGUGUGCUUCAUGAUGUGAUGUUAUUUUGUGCAUUAAAUAAGAAUGCCAAUACAGGCACCUCAGUGGACCGAGUUCCUGUCGUGCCAGGUCUGUUGCAACUCGUUCGACGAUAAGGUGCGCAAGCCCAUCAGCCUAGGCUGCGGGCACACGAUAUGCAAGGCUUGCCUCUCGAAUUUGCACCGCAAGCAAUGCCCCUUCGACCAGACCACCAUCACGGUGGACAUCGACAUACUACCCGUGAACACUGCGCUGCUGCAGUUGAUCGUGCCGGGAGCUGCAUCGGACCUGGACGAGUCGAAUGUGGAUUUUAAGGUGGUACCCAGGGAAAACGUCAACGCCUACUUGGAAUCGACGAAAUGCGUGGAAGAACUAGCUAUGUAUCUAAAACCGUACCCGAACGGGAACGUUUGCAGCGGCAGCAUAUUGUCCAGGCCUAUGCAAAGGAAACUGGUCACCCUAAUAAACUGCCAAUUGGUGGAGGACGAGGGCAGAACGCGAGCGAUGCGCGCCGCAAGAUCUUUGGGCGAAAGAACCGUCACGGAACUCAUUUUGCAACACCAAAACCCGCAGCAGCUGUCGGCGAACUUGUGGGCCGCCGUGAGAGCCAGAGGGUGCCAAUUUUUGGGACCAGCAAUGCAAGAAGAAGUGCUAAAACUGGUCCUGCUAGCCCUCGAAGACGGUUCCGCGUUGUCCCGCAAAGUCCUCGUGAUGUUCGUCGUGCAAAGGCUGGAACCGCACUUCCCGCAAGCCUCCAAAACAAGCAUAGGCCACGUGGUGCAACUGCUCUACCGCGCGUCCUGCUUCAAGGUGUCGAAGCGCGAGGGAGACUCCUCGCUGAUGCAGCUCAAAGACGAGUUCAGGACGUACGAGGCGUUGAGGCGCGAGCACGACGCGCAGAUCGUGCAGAUCGCCACGGAGGCUGGGCUGCGCAUAGCGCCCGACCAGUGGUCCGCGCUGCUCUACGGCGACGCCGCGCACAAGAGCCACAUGCAGAGCAUCGUCGACAAGCUGCAGACGCCGCAGUCCUUCGCGCAGUCCGUGCAGGAGCUGGUCAUCGCGCUGCAAAGGACCGGGGAUCCGGGGAAGCUGGCCGCCCUCAGAGGGCAGCUGGAGCUGCUGGCCAACAUCGAUCCGAGCCCGGAGUCCUCAGCGCUCUCUUGGAGCGACUGCGGCGAGUGCUUGGAGGCCGUGAGGCAGGUCGUGGCCGGUCUGGUGGAGUUUAUACACCAGCACGGCAGCAGGAAGGUGCAGGAUAGCGCGCAUUCGCAGCACACGCGUUACAAGAUAAGCAUGUGCAGGGAUUUGACUUUGAGAGGGAGUUGUCCGAGAGGGACUAAUUGCACUUUUGCGCACUCGAACGAAGAACUAGAAAAGUACAGGGCAAAGAACCGGAAAAUGAUGAGCCGCAGCAAAGAGCACCGCAUCGAGAGCCAAUCGCCCACCGAUAAGGCGUACGCGCCCGGCCACAACGACGACUACUACGCGAUACCGCAAAACGCCGACGCGACCGUCAGCCCGGUGCCGAUACACGCGGUGCUGCCGAUGCCGCGCUACGACGUGCCCUUCAACGCCGCGCCGGCCUACGCGCAGAACCAGCAGCCGUACCCGUCGCCCACGUACAUGGCCCCGCCGCAGCCGGCCGCGUACCCCGCCUACGCGCAGCCGCCCCCCGCCAGCGUCGUCUUGACCAACGGGAAUCCGUAUUACGCGGAGCCCGAGGAUUUCGUCAAGAUGGGCCAUCAGCAUGUCAAUGUUAACGUCAACGAUUUGGCCAAGAGGCAUAUUUGGGACCACAUGAAGAAUCACAUCCCGACUCAAGCAGCUCAAAAACCCAUGCCGAUCCGCGCGCACACAAAAUCCCUGGCCGAACUGCACCAACGCAAGCUCGAAGUGCUCACGCAGCUGGAAAAAGUGGUCGGCAAAAACGCCGCAACGGAAAUAUCGCACACGGCCGCCACGCUGGCCAGACAGGAGUCCAUGCAAGAUUGCGAGUCGCCCACGUCGCCGUACAACUUUUUCGGCUCGCACGUGUUCAACACCGGGCCGACGUUCGUCAGGUCCGAUUCCAUUUUAACGGCCGACGACGAUUACGUGCCGUACGAUUCGCCGGCCAUAAGUAAAUACGGGCCCAUCAGUAGGAUGCCGAAGGACAACGGGAUGGGGCAGCCGAUGCCUGUGUCGGGGUUCAGGGAUGGCGGAGUGUCGUCUUCAAUGUUAAGAAGACCAGUGUCAUCUCCAAGUCCAGUAACACCAUACUACUACAACAAUAACUCUCAAUAUCUACAAGGAAACUUACCGCCGCAUAUGGUGGGCCCCCAGGUCACAGGAAUUAAUGAUGGUUUCGUCACUUACCCCGGUUCUUCUCCAAUGAUCAUCCACGGUCGCAUGCAGGACCCCUCGAAAGAAAUGCUGAUGGCGGAAUCGCAGCGCGUGCAGCUGCAGCUGCGCAACCUGGAGAAGCAGCUGAACGAUUUGAAGAUGGCCGCGGCGCAUAACGUGACCUCGUUGAGCGAGAGCGAUCGCCUCACUCAGGAAUUGCAGCUGAUUGAGCAAGGAAUUACAGAAAAGCAGAAAGAGGCUCAUUUGAACAAAAUAGUUCAUUCCCUGGGCAUAAGUAGUUACAGUAACGGUAACACAUCGGAGCAGGUUCUUGAUAACGCAAUUAACGAAGAAGAGGACAUUCGCAUGAAAGCUUUGGAAUUGAGGCUCAAAGAGGAGCUCGAGCAACUUAGUGAGGACGACUCACCUAAACCAGUACAUUAAACCCAAUGGGUUCACUAAUAUUGCCGAGACUCUUCAAAAUAACACCCGACCAUUUUAUUGUCAACAUCUUUAUUUUUAUUGAAUUUUUUGCGGUCGUAUUUUGAAGAGUCUUGGCAAAAGUCAUGAACAAGUUUUGUCUUAAAGCUGUUUUGAAUCAUUUUAAAUGCCAAAGGUCCUUUUGCAUGACCCAAAAGACAAUUCUAAUAAAUUUAACUUUUUACACGCACCAAGUAUCUUCUAUGUAUGGGAUCUUUUUUCUUUGAAGAGCUACAAGGUCGGUAAAAUUAGACAAAAGUUGCUUAACUAAAAAAAUCAGCGGUUCUCAAAUAAUUUGAAAAAAACUGAAAACCUGUAAAAACCAAAAAACGUUAUAACUUCUUUAUUCCUGGGAAUUUUGUAAAAAGUAAGUUUUACAUGUA